AUGCAGCUGGAAGAGCACAUGCGAGCAAUAGCAUGCUCUAAGAUCGCAAUAAUCGUUUCCUCCAAAACGUACACUAAAUCUACCUGCUGUCUUCGUGAGCUUGAAAAAAUCAUUGAAUGCCGCGAAACUUUUGGCCAAAUAGUUCUGCCAGUAUUUUACGAGAUUGACCCAUUCGAUGUACGUGAUCCAAAAGAUGAUUUUAAAAAAGCGUUAGAAGAAUCUGCACACAAAAGCUAUUCAGGAGAACAACUGGAAGAUGUAUUGUCCAGGUGGAGCCGAGCACUCACCAUAGCUGCAGGUAUCAAUGGUUGGAAUGUUACAGAUUUUAGGCAUGAUGCUCAACUUGUGGAGGUAGCUGUUAGUCGCGUUCAAACAUUACUGGGUUAUGGAGACUUGUCUCAUGCCGAAUUUCCUAUUGGAUUAGAGUCCCAUGUGAAAAAGGUGGUAGGAAGUAUUGAAAAUCAUUCCGCCAAAGUGUGUAUGGUAGGGAUAUGGGGAAUGGGAGGAUCAGGUAAAACUACCAUAGCCAAAGCCAUCUAUAAUCGAAUUUAUCGUCAAUUCAUUGGUAAGAGUUUUAUUGAAAAUAUUAGACAAGAAAAUCGGCAUGUUGAUUUGCAAAAUAAAGUUAUUUAUCAGGCCCUUAAAUUCAAGUUCAAGGUGAAAAGCGAUUGGAUGGGAAGAAGUAUCAUCGAGAAUAAACUUUCUAGAAAAAAGUUGCUCAUUGUGCUUGAUGAUGUGAAUGAGUUUUGGCAAUUAGCAAACGUAUGCGGGAAUCGUGAAUGGUUCGGUCAAGGAACUGUGAUCAUCAUUACAACUAGAGAUGUUCGACUAUUGAGCAAACUCAAAGUUGAUUUUGUUUAUAAAAUGAAUUUGAUGAACGAAAAUGAUUCCCUUGAGCUUUUAUGUUGGCAUGCCUUUAAAAAUGCAAAACCAAGAGAAGACUUAAAUGAACUUGGAAGAGAGAUAGUUAUUUGUUGUGGAGGACUACCACAAGCUCUUGUUGCCGUUGGUUCCUAUAUAUUUUCUAAGAGAUUCGCACCGUGGAAACGUACAAUUUUAGCUCGAAAAAUAUUUGCUGAUUAUCACGUUCUAGAAAAUUUGGAAAAAAGUUUUCGUGGUUUACGUGAUGACAUGGAGAAGGAUAUAUUUCUUGAUGUAUGUUGUUUCUUUAUUGGUAAAGACAGAGGCUGUGUCACAGAGAUACUAAAUGGAUGUGGACAACAUGCUGAUGUUGGAAUAACAGUUCUCAUAGAACGUGGCCUCGUAAAAGUUGAAAGGAACAAUAAACUUGAAAUGCAUCCUUUGUUACGAGACAUGGGAAGAGAAAUUAUUGGUCAAAGAUGGCCAAUGGAACCGGAGAAAAGGAGUCGGUUAGGGUUUCAUGACGAUGUAAAACAUGUACUGAGAAAUAAAACUGGGACACAAGCUACUCAGGGGUUGUCCCUGAAAUUGCAUUCAACCAGCAGAGAUUGCUUCAAAGCUCAUGCUUUCAAAGAAAUGAAGAGAUUGAGACUGCUACAAGUAGAUCAUGUUUUAAAGUGGUUAAAAUUCCUUAAUCUUAGUAACUCCAAGUACUUGAGAAAAACACCUGACUUUUCAGGGCUACCAAGUCUUGAACAACUCAUUCUAAAAUAUUGCCCAAGUUUAUUGAAGGUACACCCAUCCAUUGGAGAUCUCUGUAAUUUGCUACUGAUAAAUUUGAAGGACUGCACAAGGCUAAGCAGUCUCCCGAGAGAGGUAUACAAGCUGAAAUCUGUAAAAACAUUCAUCCUUGGUUGUUUCAAGAUUGACAUAUUGGAGGAAGAUAUAAUGCAGAUGAAAUCCUUGAUAACACUAAUCUCUGAAAACACUGCUGUGAAACAAGUGCCAUGUUCAAUUGUAAACUCAAAACACAUGGGAUAUAUAUCCCUACGUGGAUUUGAAGGAUUGUCACAUAAUAUUUUGUCUUCCAUCAUUCGGUCAUGGAUGUCACCAAUAAUGAAUUCCCGAUCUUACAUUAGGCCAUUGUGCAUGGAUAUGGAGAAUGAUAAUUGGCGAAACCUUGCACCAUUGCAUAGCUGCCUUGCAAAUAUUCGAAGUAUUUCGGUUCAGUGUGACACGGAGUUUCAAUUAUCUAAGCAGCUAAACACAAUUUUUGUGGAAUACGGUGUAAAUUUUACAGAAUCAACAAAUCAUAGUUUGAGGUUUUCCUUGAUUGGUGUUGGAAGUCGCAAUCAAUUCUUGAACAUUCUCAGCGAUAGUGUUUCUAAGGUUCCUUCUCUAUCUCUGACCUUUGUGUGCAUACAACAUGAACUGAUCCUAAUACAGUAUCUAAACAAAUUAGAAUAG